CCUUCUCUCUCUCUGUCUCUCUCUCAGGACCUUGUCGUCCUCUCCCUUAGGGUUUCUCUGUCUCUCUCUCUCUCUCUCUCCUCCCUUUCUCUCUCUACAUUCACAUGAUGAUGCAACCGGGUGCAGGCGGUGUGGCUCCGUCGGCAUUGGGCCAGCAGCCCGCCCAGCAGUAUGGCCAGCAACCCGCGCAGCCCUACAUGAUGAUGCCACCACCUACUGCCCAGGCACCUGCCAUGUGGGCCCCGCAGUCGCAUGUGGCCCCUCCGGCUCCGCAGCUCCCCCAGCACUCCCAGCCCGCCUCCGCCGACGAGGUCCGCACGCUUUGGAUCGGCGACCUGCAGUACUGGAUGGAGGAGAACUAUCUCUUCAAUAUUUUUCUUCACACCGGCGAGGUUGUUUCUGUGAAAGUCAUCCGCAAUAAGCAAACUUGUCAAUCAGAGGGUUACGGGUUCAUCGAAUUCAAUAGCCGUGCUGCUGCGGAAAGAGUGCUUCAGGCAUUCAAUGGUACUCCAAUGCCAAAUGGUGCCCAGAACUUUAGAUUGAACUGGGCAUCUACCGGCGAGAAACGUUCUGAUGAUACCCCGGAUUAUACGAUAUUUGUUGGAGAUUUGGCUGCUGAUGUGACGGAUUAUGUGCUACAAGAGACAUUCAGGGCCCGUUAUCCAUCAUGUAAGAGUGCCAAGGUCGUCAUUGAUAGGCUCACAGGGCGCACCAAGGGGUAUGGGUUCGUUAAGUUUGGAGAUGAGUCUGAACAGAUGCGUGCCAUGACUGAGAUGAAUGGAGUUCUAUGCUCUACAAGGCCUAUGCGAAUUGGACCAGCAGCAAACAAAAACGCCGGGGGCAGUCAGCAGUAUUCAAAUGCUUCAUAUCAAAAUUCUCAGGGUGCAAAGAAUGAGAGUGAUCCGAACAAUACAACUAUAUUUGUAGGUAAUCUGGAUGGUAAUGUUACUGAUGACCAUUUGAGACAAGUUUUCAGCAAGUACGGUGAGCUAGUACAUGUCAAGAUACCAAUGGGCAAGCGAUGUGGGUUUGUUCAGUUUGCAGACAGAAGCUGUGCCGAAGAAGCAUUGCGUGUACUAAAUGGAUCUCAGCUGGGUGCACAAAAUAUCCGUCUUUCAUGGGGGCGCAGUCCUUCAAACAAGCAGCCCCAGGCAGAUCCAAGCCAAUGGAAUGGCGGCGGCGGCUACUAUGGAUAUGCACCUACCCCCGAUAGCUAUGGGUACGCACAAGUUUCCCAAGACCCUAACGUGUACUAUGGAAGCUAUCCUGCUGCCGGGUACGGUAAUUACCAGCAGCCACAGCAGCAGCAGCAGCAACAAAUCGGGUACAGCUGAGUUGAGCUUUUUUCCGUAUUCGACUCUAGAGACCGAUAAUAAUAUUAUGAUACUGUUUUUGAAUUGAGACCGAGUAUUUUUGGUUUUUUCUUGGAGAAGUACUUUUGGAUGUAGUUUUGUAUUGCUGAGGUUACGGCAUUCAUGGAAGCCUUCUCGAAUA